CUCUAGUCAGCGUUCAAUUUUAAUGGCAGUGGCGUUAGGCCGUUUAGUUAGGUUCAGUCGCAAGUUUUAAUUUGUGCAUUUCGGAAAUGAUAAAUCCCGAAUAGUCUUUCAUACGUAUGUUGUUAGUGCAUAUUGACCUCAUCUUAAUAACGUGUAUUAAAUUGAUCUCAAAGACAGAAAGAAGUCGACAAGCAACAACUGACAAACUGGACGCCAUCCUGUCGUGAAGCGCCAUGGAAGGCUUAAUGACGCUGGAUCUUGUUCUUCCCAGACGACUCACCAAACUCUGCGUCGCUACUAAGCAGGAGCACCAGUUUCGGUGGCACAGUAAGAAAAGCAGUGGUAACUUACACAUAGUGGGUCGAGACAAAGAUACAGUACGUCUAGAGUUCACAGGUUACAACUUCCUUGAGGUGAAAGAAAACAUCAUUAGUUGUGUUAUAGACAGCAUAACAAAGAAAAGAAAUGAAACAGAUCAAGAACAUCAGGAAAAAGUGAAGCCAAAAAAGAACAAUCAACCAGCCAGUGAUGAAGUGAAUAUUAGGACAGAGACAACAGAAGGUGCAGUACAGGAGAACAUGGUGGAUACUAAGACAAGUGUCACAGUCACAACCAGUGGGAUACCUAGUGUAGACACAGUAACCCCUACAUGGAGGAGAUCUUCUAGACGUGUCAAACCAAACGUCAAAGAAGAAUUCCUGUAUGAUAGUUUGAAAGACCUUAAAGCAAACAAGAAACUGGUCAUAUCAGAUGAGCCUGACACAACAGAGAGCCUGGAGCUUGAAGAUGAAGCUGUGAGCAAAGAUUUCCCAGUUGAUAUCUCAUCAAAGAAAGUUCCUUGUAAAGUGUGCAAGGUCUCUGUGAGUAACUUACGCAUGCACAUGUUGAGCAGACAUAUCACUCUGUGUCCACACUGUAAGAGAGAAAUCAAAAAGAAAGACUUAAAGGAUCAUCUAAAGACCAGCCACCCAGGCCUGGUGCUUACUGAGCUGUGUCCAGUGUGUAUGAAACCUUUUAAGAGCCUCAAGAAACACAUCACUGCCAAACAUAGUGGAAGACUUCAUCACGAUCACGUUUGCAAACAGUGUGGCUAUGCUACGUAUGACAGACAUGCACUGAGAAACCAUAUCCUGCACGUCCACCACAACGUGCGCAUGUUUAGCUGCAGCUCUUGCAGCCAGACAUUUAAAACAAAGCAGGUCCUGAAGCAGCACACACGGAUUGUGCAUGAAGGAGUCAGAGAUUUCCAGUGUCAUGUUUGUAUGAAAAAAUUCACCAAGAAAUACCAUCUCGAUGUCCAUACCAGAACACACAUGG